AUGUCUCCACAACGCGGGGCCCCAGGCUAUGCCAUGGACGAAGCGAUGUCCCCGCAUUCAUUCGUUGAACUAAUGGCAUUGGAACGACUCGAGACUAUAAACGUCUCCGACGAUUCAGUCGAACCGGAGAAAAUUGAGCGUUUCCGCUCUUUAGCUGCCCCAUUUCCUCCUGGUGAGGGCACACGCUCAUUUGGCGGACAUGUCUAUGCGCAAUCAGCCUACGCAGCGUCAAAGACCGUUGAAAGGGGACUUGUUAUCCAUAAUAUGACCGGAACAUUCAUCCUCCCCGGAAAACUAGACACACCAUACACGUACACAGUGCGACACAUCCGCGACGGAUACAUGUACAGCACACGAAGCAUAGACGCGCGGCAACACAACAAAAUCUGCUUCACAGCCAUUUGCAGCUUCAAACGUGACGAAAAUCAGCGCCUGUUCAACCACCAGCCCGCACCCGUGCAAGAACGCUUCAAUUCCAUCCUGGCUUCCAAACCAGCUGAGAACCAACCUAUCAGUCCUAGCGUUGAUGCAGACUGGUGGAUUGAUAAUGUCCGGCAUGGGAAUAUCACCGAAAGGCCCUUCCCUGGUUUGGAUGUGCGCAAGACAGAUAUGGGCGGGUUUAAUCAGUCUGGAAUGGUGAAGGGGGCACCAGAGCAAUAUCGACAGCUUACGCAGUAUCGGCUCAAAGGAUCGCCUGAGGCUGAUACGUCUAUUGGGUUGGAUGUUGUGAGGCGGAGGGAAGAGAGGGGUGAGUAUGAUAAUCUAUAUGUGUGUGCGCAUAUGUAUUCUAGCGAUAAGAAUUCAUUGCUGCUUAUUCCCCGGGCUCUUGGGAUUAGGGCUUGGAGUGAGAUGGCUAGUUUGACGCUUACUGUUAUUGUGCAUUUGCAUGGGCAGGCGUUGAGGAUGGUGGAUUGGGAUAUGGUUGGUGAUGCGUCGGGGAAGUGGGAUGGGGAGUUGCCUAUGAAGUGGUUCAUUCAGGAGGGGUGGACGCCUCGGGCUGCUGAGAAUCGGGGAGUGCAUGAGAGUUUCCUUUGGGGUCCUGAUGGCUCAUUGCUUGCUACUUCUAUGCAGGACAGUUUGUUGAGACUGAGGCGGUUGGGGAUGGAGUCAAAUCUGUAA